AUGCGUGACCUGGAAGGACGUUAUGUAAAUUGUUGUUCCUUACGCUAUGGAUUAUCUUUUUUUAUACACUUCUGUAACAUUGCAAUAGCAGCACAACGUGUAUGUCUAAGUCUCACCAUGGUGGUCAUGGUGAACACCACAUAUUCACAUGAAUUACAUAAUAGCUCCACAAAUGAACUCCUGACCAAUGUGAAGAAUCCUGUGUAUGAUUGGAGCCCAGAAACUCAGGGGCUCAUCCUAAGUUCCAUCUUCUAUGGUGCAGCCAUAAUCCAACUUCCUAGUGGAUACCUGUCUGGAAUAUACUCAAUAAAGAAAAUAGUUGGCUGUGGACUUUUUCUCAGCUCUCUGUGUUCUCUGCUUAUACCACUAGCAGCUGCAUUUGGAAAAACUUCAGUUAUUGUGUGUCGAGUGGUCCAGGGUAUAGCCCAGGGGAUGGCAUCAACAGGACAGCAUGAAAUAUGGACCAAAUGGGCUCCCCCAAGGGAACGAGGUCGACUUACUUCUAUAUGUCUAUCGGGGUUCCUGUUGGGAUCCUUCAUUGUUUUGCUUGUAACUGGAUUCAUCUGUGAGUCCCUAGGCUGGCCCAUUGUCUUCUAUAUAUUUAGUGCUUAUGGUGGUGUUUUAUGUCUUCUCUGGUUUGUUCUGGUUUAUGAUGACCCGAAAGAUCACCCAUGCAUAAGCAUCAGUGAAAAGCAAUACAUCACAUCCUCUCUGGUCCAGCAGUUCAGUUCAAGCCAACAAUCUCUACCCAUCAAGUCCAUGCUAAAGUCUCUUCCAAUUUGGGCCAUUUCCUUUGCUACUUUUGGUUACUUUUGGUCAAAUACAAUCUUGUUUCUAUACAUCCCUAUGUACAUCAACUCCAUCCUCCAUGUUAAUAUAAAAGAGAAUGGUCUUCUGUCUGCCUUACCCUUUUUAUUUGCCUGGAUUUGUGGUAUUCUCAGUGGUCAGAUGGCAGAUUUUUUUUCAUCUAGAAGUAUUCUCAGCACAACUAAUAUUCGGAAACUCUUUACCACACUAGGACUUCUACUUCCUGUCCUCUUCAGUAUGUGCCUGCUUUACCUGAGUUCCAGCUACUUUAGUACUGUAAUUUUCCUCAUACUUGCCAGUGCAACAGGAGCCUUUUCUUUGCCUGGAAUGAUGAUAAAUGCUUUGGAUAUUGCUCCCAGAUAUUACGGAUUUCUUAAAGGAGUUACAAUUCUAGUUGGAAUGAUAGGAGGACUAAUUUCUUCUACUCUGACUGGAAUAAUAAUUAAUCAGGAUCCAGAAUCUCCCUGGUUUGAAGUCUUCUUCCUCAUGACAGCUGUUUGCCUGGCAUGCCUUAUUUUUUACCUUAUAUUUGGUGAGGGUGAAAUCCAGGAGUGGGCUAAAGAAAGAAAACAUACACGACUUUGA